AUGUCGUCGCUCCUUUGGACUAUCGACCCUGAUGGAGAGAAUAUCGUUGCAAACUCCAACUUCAGGGCUGCCAAUGCCAACGCAGAGAAGCUGCGAAAAAAUACCUCCCUUCAUGGGAUUGACAUCGCCAGCAUGCAACAAUUUAUAGAUCAGCUUGUGCCAACAUAUACAAAACCAAGGACUCCCAAGGGUUUUCCACCUUCAAUUGUUCGUGUAGGGUUCUUCCCUCGCUUGGCAUGCCUGGAAAGCUUUGGUCUUCCCCAUGACAUGGAAGCGGAGAAACCUAUUUCUCGUCAAGCAGGCGCCAUUUGCUAUGGCAGAGGAGAAUACGACGAAAGCGAGCAGGGGAGAGCCAAUGCUCAUGUCGGUUUGUAUCAAGUACACAACUACCUGAAUGCCCGCACAGCCUCCAUGCUGGUGGCCAGGGAUCUCCCAGACAUCGGUACGGAGACCUCUGGCAGGUCUCAAAUCGUCGUUGUCACCCGAGCGAUUGCUGCUCCCACAAUUACUCGAGGGCUAGCCGAGUUAAGAACCAGCGUAAUGUGA